AGAAGUGUGCUGAAACCCAGAUAAGAAAAUUGUCUCUUUUAGAUGAAAACUUCAUUUAUUGGGAUGUUUGCAUUCUGCAAACUGAAUAUUUGAAGUCAAUGUGAUUCUCCCUUUUCCCAGAAAUGUUUUUCAAGCACCACUUGUUAAGGUUUAUUUAACAAAGUAGAUUAGAUGAGAGGCAUGGAGAUUUCCAGGGCUGGUUUCUGUUUAUUGCUUUCUGCAGUUUUCAUGGUUGUUCUUGUUCCAGUUUCAAUAGCUCAGCUAACUCCAAGUGAAACCAGGCUUCUUUUCCAAGUCAAAAAGAUUCUCGAAUACCCUCAAGUUCUUCAAGGGUGGACAAAUUGGACAAACUUCUGUUAUCUCCCAUCUUCUUCUUCUCUCAAGGUUGUAUGUUCAAACAGCCGAGUUACUGAGUUGAUUAUAGUUGGAAACAGGAGCUCUUCGGCUGGACAAACUUUGUCCCACAAGUUCUCCAUCAAUUCGUUGUUCACUGUGCUCACCAAGUUGUCUGAUCUGAAAGCAUUGUCCUUGGUGUCCUUGGGGUUAUGGGGUCCCUUGCCAUCCAAGAUCAACAGGUUUCGUUCACUCCAAGCUCUCAACUUAAGCUCCAAUUUCAUCUCCGGGGAGAUUCCCAAGCAGAUUGCAUCGUUGAAGAAUCUAACCAGUCUGGUUUUGACUGACAAUCUGUUCAAUGGGAGUGUUCCUGAUCUUACAGGCUUAGCACUCCUUCAAGAUCUGAACAUGUCUGGCAAUCACCUUGGACCUCGAUUCCCUUCGUUAAGCAAGAGUCUUGUAAGUAUAACGUUAAGCAACAAUUCUUUUAGAUCUGAAAUCCCUUCAGGGUUGAAGAAAUUCAAUCAGCUUCACAAGCUGGACAUCUCUUUUAACAAAAUCCUCGGACCAAUCCCAUCGUUUUUGUUCUCCUUGGCUUCGAUUCAGUAUCUUAAUUUGGCACAAAACCAGUUAAGCGGGGCACUUCCUUGGAGUACAUCUUGUAGUAAGAAUCUCACUUUUGUGGAUAUCUCGAACAACCUUUUGAUAGGAAAACUCCCAUCAUGCAUUGGAUCAAAUUCCAGGAACAGGACAGUCGUUAGUUCAUGGAAUUGUCUGUCUGCUGAUAUGUCGAAUCGCCAGCAUCCUUACUCGUUUUGCAACAAACUAGCAGUGGCUGUUAAACCGGUUGAAAGGAAGGAGCAGGAGAAGGGGAUCAACUUAGGCCUAAUACUCGGUAUCAUCGGAGGUGUUGUUGUCAUGGCAGGAGCUAUUGUUGUGUUAAUUUUGGUCAUUGUUAAAAGAUCAAGAGGAAGUGAAGAUGUAGACGAUGACAGAUCCAUUGCAGAUAAAAUGUCUGUUCGUAGCUCUCCGAAACCGGCCAUCGAUCCGAGGCGUGUUCCUCAGACGAUGAGAUCGGCUGCAAUCGGGCUCCCUCGUUAUCGUGUUUUCAGCUUGGAAGAAAUCGAAGAUGCAACCAACAACUUCGACCCAUCAAAUUUCAUGGGGGAAGGAUCUCAAGGGCAGCUCUACAAAGGUUGCCUUGUAGAUGGCUCAGUGGUGGUGGUAAAAUGUUUGAAACUAAACCAGAAACAUGCACCUCAAAAUCUGAUGCAACACAUGGAAGUCUUGUCCAAGCUAAGGCACAGGCAUUUGGUUAGCGUUCUGGGACACUGUAUCGUUAACUACCAGGAUCAUCCCAAUAUUGCCAGCACAGUGUUCGUUGUUUUUGAGCACAUCUCCAAUGGAACAUUACGGGACUACCUUACUGAUUGGAGAAAGAAGGAGAUACUGAAAUGGCCACAGAGAAUGGCAAUCACCAUUGGAGCUGCAAGAGGAGUCCAAUUCUUGCACACAGGGAUUUCACCUGCAAUUUACGGAAACGAUUUGAAGAUUGAUAAUAUUCUGUUGGAUGAGACUCUUACAGCCAAAAUUAGUGAUUACAACAUCCCAUUGCCACUUAAGACAGGUUCAGAAAGCCCCAUCUCCAAUCGGCUUAGCAGUGAUGAGAAUGGUGAGAAGGAAGACAUUUAUCAGCUGGGAAUUCUUCUGCUACAAGUCAUUACUGGUAAACUGGCCACAUUCACAAGCGAAUUGAGCGAGCUUAAGCAUCAGCUGGAAGAGAGCUUGGCAGAAGGACCAUCAAAGCUGAGAAGUGUGACAGACCCUUCAAUAAGGGGCACUUUUGCAUAUGACUCGAUGAGAACCACGGUUCAAUUCGCCAUCAAUUGCCUGUCCAAGGAUUCAACCAAGCGCCCCUCGAUUGAAGACGUGCUUUGGAAUCUGCAAUACUCGAUUCAGGUCCAGGAAGGAUGGACCAGUAGCGGGAACUUAGCCACACAUUUGUAAUACUGCUUCAUUACAAUUUCUUUACCCUUUUUCAGCAACCAUAAUUUAUUAUCUUCUGUGACUUCACAGCUGUUGCAAAAAUAAAUGUGUUUGUAAUUCCACUUUGUACUUGCACAAGAUUCUUUGGUAAAAUCAGCAUCAUGGCAAAUUAUCCAUGUGG